ACCAGUCACUCUUUUCACCUAUUCCCACCAGCCAAACCAGCUGUUUACGCUCUUUAUUAUCGGACGUUGAUGUGAAUUUGCUCCAUCGCGUACCGACAAUGCAGUGGAAGUCGCUCGUUUUUACUCUCGCCACUGCCGGGUCGGCUCUGGCCCGUUCGCACGGUAGCCACAAACACCGACACGGCGUCCGUAACGAGGCUGCCCAGGAGGUGGGCGGGUUGUAUGACUCCGAGCCCGUUACCGUGACGGAGACCGCGUGGGAAUGCUGCACCACCAGCACCCUGUCCUCCAUCACCCCGACCCAGCCAGCCACGUUUGUUGAGAUCCCUAGCGAAACCCCGUCGUCCACGGAGGUUCCUACCUCCACUGAGGCUCCUGCUGAGCCCAGCACCAGCACCCAGGCUUCGACCGAGAACCCAGCACCGGAGCCCGAGACCACGUCCAGCUCUGUCGCUCCUACCUCCACUGAAGCGCCCACCAGCACCUCCGCUGACCACUCGGCCUGGACCAACUUCCCCUCUAAUGGCGAGUUCUGCUUCGACGGUUUUGGCGGCCGUACUAAGCAGUCUAUCACUGGCAAUAAGUUCACCUACUCCGGCAACGUUGGCAGCCCCUGGGGCAGCAACAUCCAGGAAGUCAGCGCCGAGAAAGCCGCCGAGUACAAGUAUGUCGUGCAGUUCCACGGCUCCAAGACCGACAGGUGGACCGUCGUCGUCUGGAACAAGAUCGGCCCGGACAUGAAGAUGACCGGCUGGUACGGUAACUCUGCCGUUUCCUUCACCCUUGAGCCUGAGGAAAUCCGCUACGUCGCCUUCGACGAGAACUCCCAGGGUUCUUGGGGUGCCGCCAAGGGCGACUCGCUCCCCACUGACGAAUACGGCGGCUACUCCUGCACCUGGGGCGAGUUCGACCUUGGCAGCGAAGUCAACCAGGGCUGGUCCGGCUGGGAUGUUUCGGCCAUUCAGGCUCAGGCCGCUGGUCAGCAUAUCCAGGGUAUGAAGAUGUGCUCGUACGACGACACCAACUGCUCCAUCAUCACUACCGGUGCGAAGAAGGUCCAGGACGCCUACUUGGAGAAGGACAAGUGGGUCGACGGCAUUGGUGGUAAGGUCCGGCCGGGUCCUGUCAGGAUUGUUACCUACCUCGACUACGACGAAUAAACGCAAUUACGUGUACAACUGAGCACGAGCACGAGUACACCUAUACGUUGUAUAUACCUAAUCUAGUCAGACGUUCCUACCUAGGUAGUUGGGCGUGGCGGUCAAUGUAUACUUAAUCCUAAUUGCACAUUCUUCGCUGGCCACUGGCCUGUUGAUAA